UCACAAAAGUUUUCCAAUAGUAUCCAGGUUCUUUUAUUAUAUCAAUUAUUACAAAUCUGAAAAAAACAUCUAUAUAUAUCUACUAAAAAGUUGAAUGUUCAAAUCGUCGAACUCAUGGAAGAGGCAAAAGGGCAAGCAAGCGGCAGCGUCGAGCUAAUAACAAUUUAUUUGCAAUUCCCGGAGUUCCCCAGCUCGAGCGGCGCAAAAGACGACAGAGGAGAGAGAAGAAAAGUGGAAAAAAGUAAGAGAAAGAAGGAUAACGACAGAGAACCGUGGCUCGCGCGUGUGUCGCAAUGUCCCUUAACGGCUGACGGCUGUUGGAGAACCGGUCGACCUCGAUACACCUCGGCUUGCCUCUCCGCUAGAUUAUUAUCGACUGUAUCUGAUUUGACCAGACCCGAUUCAACCCGAACUAAGCCGAGCUGAUCCGAUUUAAUCCGACUCAAACCGAUCUGAAGACCCGAAAUCAUCCGAGUAUCACAGGUUAUCGAAAAAUUUUUGCUUCGAUUUAAAUCUGAAAUAUUGAAUAUCAUAUCCAUAAAGAAGAUCAGCUCUUUAUCCGAAAUAUGUCAUCAAAGAAAUUGAAUUUCUGGAAAUCCUAUUCAAUUCUAAAUAUGAUUAAUUUUUUUAUAUUGAAAUUAUGAACGAAUUAUAAAUUUAUUCAUAAAUAAUAAUAAGGCAAUAUACGAGAUACGGAAUAAUAU